CGCCGCCGCCGUCGGCUGUGGGCCUCGUUUACGACGAGCGCAUGUGCGGCCACGCCACCCCGGACGGCGAGAGCCACCCCGAGAACCCCGAGCGCCUCCGCGCCAUAUGGCGAAAGCUCGAGGCCGAGGGGAUCACGAAGAGGUGUGUUCUUGUGAAGGCAAAGGAAGCUGAGGAUCAGGAUAUAGCGUCGGUUCAUAGCCAAAACCAUAUUAAGCUGAUCAGAAGCAUCAGCUCGAAGCAAUUCGACUCUCGCCGGAAUAAGAUUGCUAAGAGGUUCAAUUCUAUUUACUUUAAUGAGGGUUCGUCGGAAUCUGCUUACCUCGCGGCAGGCUCAGUUAUUGAGGCAGCUGAGAAAGUUGCUAAUGGGGAACUUAAUUCGGCGAUUGCUCUAGUAAGGCCUCCUGGACAUCAUGCAGAGCAUAAUGAGGCUAUGGGAUUUUGCCUCUUCAACAAUGUGGCUAUUGCAGUUAGCUUUCUAUUAAAGGAGCCAGAAUUAGGUAUAAAAAAGAUUUUGAUUGUGGAUUGGGAUGUUCAUCAUGGAAAUGGCACACAGAAUACAUUUUAUAAGGAUCCUCAUGUAUUAUUCUUUUCUGUUCACAGAUUUGACUUUGGAACUUUCUAUCCUGCUGGUGGGGAUGGCUCUCAUUGUAUGGUUGGCGAAGGUCCUGGUCAAGGUUAUAACAUCAAUGUUCCUUGGGAACAUGGACGAUGUGGUGAUGCAGAUUACCUUGCUGUGUGGGAUCAUGUACUAAUACCUGUUGCUGAAGCUUACAAUCCUGACAUAGUUAUGAUUUCUGCUGGAUUUGAUGCAGCCCUUGGUGACCCACUUGGUGGUUGUUGUAUUACUCCUUACGGAUAUUCUCUUCUGCUGAAAAAGCUGAUCACUUUUGCUCGAGGAAAGAUAGUAAUGGUCCUUGAAGGAGGUUACAAUCUUAAGUCAAUAGCGAAUUCUGUUUUUGCUUGCGCAAAAGUUUUAUUGGGAGAGGAACCUUCUCUUGGUUCAGUGGAGAACAAACCUUUUGAGUCCACGUGGCGAGUCAUACAAGCGGUUCGUGAUGAAUUGAAAACCUAUUGGCCUGUUCUGGGUGGUAAAUUACCGGAAGAAUUACUGGCUCACAGUAGAAAACUCAACCUAGCUGAGCUAAACUUUUAUUCAAGUUCUGAAUCAGAUGAGGAGGAUCUUCAUGAGCCCUCUGCUUCUGUCUGUUCAGUUAAUGUCAUUGAGGUUGCUGAAGAUGAUCUGAGUUCCCAGCUUUCAAGGUUGAAUGUAGAUGGGCUGGAUCAUGCAAAAGGAACUACCUCUAAUCACAGUGCAACUACCAAAGAUCUAAAUGAUCCACUUGAAGCAAGUCAUAAUGUAACCAUGAAGAUUCUUGACGGUUGUGUUCCUUGGAGAUCAGCUCUAUUAGAAACUUACAUUUGGUAUGCUAGCUAUGGAUCAAAUAUGUGGAGGCCAAGGUUUCUCUGCUAUAUUGAAGGGGGGAAGGUCGAAGGUAUGAGUCAACCAUGUUGUGGAUCACGGGAUAGAAGUUCACCAAAAGAUGUUGCCUGGAAAACCAUGCCUCACAGAUUAUUCUUUGGGAGAUCAUUUACCCGCUCAUGGGGCCCUGGGGGUGUUGCUUUUCUUCAUCCUGAAAGUAACAGCAAUGAGAAAGCUCACAUAUGCAUGUACAAGAUAACGCUUGAGCAGUUCAAUGAUUUAUUGUUCCAAGAAAAUUGUUUAGUGAAAGAGAACUGUUCUAUCCAACAGAUCGAGUCUCCUUUGUUCAAUUUGUCUUCUCUGGACUUCGUUUCUGAAAACAAGUCUCUCCAUCUUGAGGUCCUUAAGGAUGGAUGGUAUUCUAAUGUUCUUUAUCUGGGAAAGGAGGAUGAUCUUCCAAUUCUAACAAUGACGUGUGGAUUAUCUGAUUUUGAGCGAUUUAAAUCAGGUGAGGUGCCACUUACUGCCCCUGCAAAAGGCUAUGUAAAUACGUUGGUGAAAGGACUAACAGAAGGGAAACAGCUUAGCGAAGCAGCAGCAAUUGAUUACAUUAAUGAUGCUACUGUUAGGAAGUUAUAAUCACCCAGUUUCGGCAUAUCUUUUGCGCACUAAAUACAAAGGAGACCUUGAAUUCGAAUGUAUAGUGAUUUUGGUGGCCUGUAAAGAUUUGCCGCACAUUAAUGAUACUAUUACUACACUAACCGAUUUUAGGAAUAGUGUGAAUUGUGGAAACUUGAUAGGUAAUGCUUAUUGGAUACUAUACUGUUUAUUGUACUUUUUGGUUGUGACUAUUUUGUUUGCUAACUUUGGGUGUUUGUUCUAAGACAGCUUAAUCAUUUCUACAUUUUGUAUGAUUUUCUUUCAA